AUGGCGGGCGCCGUCCAAGCCGACGCCGAUGCCAUCAUCCACGCUCACGCCCCGGUCGUCGACCAGCCGGUGGCGGCGGCGGCGGCUCAUGAUGGCUCCGCUCGCGACCACCUCGACGACCGCAAGCCGUCGCUGGCCCAUUCGAUGCGCGACGUGACGACGGUCCUCGACGAGGACUACGAGGGCCGCCCGACCGAGGAGGAGUUUCGCACGCUGCGUCGCGUCUCGGGCAAGAUCAUGUGGAGCAUGUGGACCAUUGCCUUUGUCGAGCUGUGCGAGCGCUUCUCCUACUACGGAUCCUCGGUCCUCUACACCAACUUCAUCAACAGGCCGCUGCCGGCCGGCUCCACCACGGGCGCCCCCGUACACGCCGGCGACCUACCCGGCGCCCUCGGCAUGGGCACCAAGGCUGCCCAGGGCAUCAGCCUGUUCAACAUGUUCUUUGCCUACCUGAUGCCCCUGGUCGGGUGA